CCGAGGCCGCGGUGCUCGCGUCUCCCCCGCUUCCUGCUUGAGGGAUGGGGCGAGUCUAAUGAAGGCGGCGCCGAUUGGCUGGGAGGGACGCCCCCUCUUGCCGGCAGCCAAUAGGCGCGCGGGACACUGCGGCGCGGAGCACCAUGUUCCUGGUGGGGCUGUCGGGCGGCAUCGCGUCGGGGAAGAGCACGGUGGUGGCGGCGCUGCGGGAGCUGGGCUGUGCCGUGGUCGAUGCCGACGCUAUCGCCAGGCUCGUGGUGCAGCCCCACUCCAAGGCCCAUCAGCAGAUCCUGCAGCACUUUGGCACCGAGAUCCUCCUGGAGAACGGCGAGAUAAAUCGCGAGGCUCUCGGGAGCAUCAUCUUCUCCCAGCCAGAGAAACGGCGGCUGCUGAACUCCAUCACCCACCCCGAGAUCCUGAAGGAGAUGCUGAAGCAGAUCCUGAAGUAUUUUGUACUUGGCUACCGCUAUGUGAUCCUCGACAUCCCUCUGCUCUUCGAGACCCGUGGACUGACCAGGUUUAUGAAAUACACAGUGCUGGUUUACUGUGAUCCCCAGACUCAGCUGGCGCGGCUGAUGAGGAGGAGCGGGCUGGGCGCGGCCGAGGCCGAAGCUCGGAUCAGCUCGCAGCUGCCCCUGGAGGAGAAGCGCAGGUGGGCCACCCACGUCAUCGACAACUCCGGGGACUGGGAGAGCACGCGGCGGCAGGUCCUGCAGCUGCACACCCGCCUCGAGGAUUCCCUGGAUUUCCUCUGGGCACGGCUGGCCGUGGGCACGGCUGUUGUGGGGCUCGGCGGGCUGGUGUUCCUCCUCAUCCGGCAUUUCAUCUCUUAAUUCACCUUUUCUCUUAGGCAGGGAAGGGGCCUGAGUUUUCCUGUUUGAAAAGGGCAGUGAAAGGCCACCUCUGUUAAUGAGCUUUGCCAGCUGAAUGCAGACAGCGGUGUCUCCUUGCAAACUUCCCAAGGUGAACACAGCCAGAGGUUUUUUCAGGCACAUUCUCCCUGCUCAGGUUCUCACCCACCAGCUGUGCCUGUGGGAUGACGCCCUUGUCCCCUUGUGGGUCUCUGUUGUGGGACUUCAGUGAGCUGAGGCACUUUAAUCUGGGACAAUCUCACUUUAAUUUGGGGCAAUCUCACUUUAAUCGGGUACAAUCUCACUUUAAUGUCUUCCAGGACAAUCUUCUCCCUAGGUCUGGGUGAAUUCUCAGGCCCUGUUAUUGCCUGCAGCGUCCCCUGGGGUGAUUCUCCAUAGCUCAGCCCUCCUCAUCCACAUUUAGUCUUGGGAUUUCCCCUCUUUCAUGUUGAUUUAAUGGAAACUUGUUAAAUCAGCGAGGGGGAGGACAGCACCUCAUUCAUAUGGAUCAGGUGUUCAGCUGGCUGCUCCUCCCCCUGCCCUCUGCCUCUGUGGCCAUCACUCGUGGGUCACCCUUGGUUUGGAUCCAAGGCUCUGAUGCUCCCUGGAGCAGGCUGAGACCUGGGCUCUGCUCAUUCCAGCUCAUUUCCUGCUGUUUGAGCUUCCUUCGGCGCAGGUUCCCGGUGGGAGAGCCCAGCCUGGCCGAGGCGGGUGCUGGGCCUUCACUUUUGUUUUAAUAAAACACUGAAAGCA